AUGAAUUCUCAGAGUUUCAUUAAGGUUUUUACCACAAUUUUUCUGUUUCUCUUGUUCCACUUUCCUUCUCAAACAGAAACAUUGAAGCCAACAACAGAAUUAUUAUCGGAUGUAUGCCAGAAUAGCGAUGACAAAAAAUUCUGUAUCCAUUCUCUGAAAUCAGAGCCUCGUAUGGCAUCAGUAAAAAAUUUAAAGAGCCUAGCAGAAAUUGCUUUGGCAAGAGCAAGAAAAGUAUCAACUGAAACAAGUAGUUUCUUCAAUUCUCUUCAGCUCUCGAACGGUGACCAUGCGAAAAAGGAAGCCAUUAAAGAGUGUGCUAAGUAUUUUCAAGAGACUGUAGGAAUGCUGAACCUGGGUGGACUCGAAGGAGACACAGCAAGUUUAGAUGUGCAUUAUGCUCUUGAUAAUGAUCAAUAUUGUGAAAGUGCGUUGGCCGAUGCCAAAGUUCAUGCUGAAACAAUUUCAUCUGCAAUCGAAAAGUGGAAGAAUUUCUAUUCAGUUGCAUAUGCAGCUGUUGUAGCAGUUGAAAAUUCCCAACUUCACUGA